AAAGUCCUGAACACACCCUCUGGCGGAUCUGUGUGGCGCAGUAUUUCUGCGACAUGCCUCUUCUAUACGACAGCAGCGCGCGCCUCCGCUCCUUCUUUCUCUCGUCCUGAAGAUGGCGGCAGGGACACUCUACACAUACGCAGAGAACUGGAGGGCGUACAAGGCUCAAAUUGCAGCCCAGUACAGUGGGGCUCGUCUGAAGGUGGCGAGCUCCCCCCCUGCCUUCACCUUUGGGCAGACGAACCGCUCCCCUGCUUUUCUUAGCAACUUUCCCUUGGGCAAGGUUCCAGCUUACCAGGGUGAUGAUGGCUUCAGUCUGUUCGAGAGCAAUGCCAUUGCUCAUUACCUGAGCAAUGAUGCCCUCCGAGGCAGCACUCCUCAAGCCAGUGCCCAGGUCCUGCAGUGGGUCAGCUUCGCUGACUCUGAGAUCAUCCCUCCAGCCAGUGCCUGGGUCUUCCCAACCUUGGGCAUUAUGCAGUUCAACAAACAGGCCACAGAGCAGGCCAAGGAGGAGGUGAAGCGUGUGCUCGCUGUCCUGAACCAGCACUUAAACACCCGCACUUUUUUGGUUGGUGAGAGAGUCAGUCUGGCUGACAUCACAGUGGUGUGCUCUCUGCUCUGGCUCUACAAGCAGGUUCUUGAGCCUGCUUUCCGUCAACCCUACCCCAACGUCAAUCGCUGGUUUGUGACCUGCAUCAACCAACCUCAGUUUAAGGCUGUUCUUGGGGAGGUUAAGCUCUGUGAGAAGAUGGCUCAGUUUGAUGCCAAGAAGUUUGCCGAGAUCCAGCCCAAGAAGGAGACGCCAUCCAAGAAGGAGAAAGGUGGCAAGGAUGCUGGUAAGCAGCAGCCACAGCAACAGCAGGAGAAGAAAGAGAAGAAAAAGGAGGAGAAGAAAGCUGCUCCUCCUGCUGAAGAGUUGGAUGAGUGUGAAGCUGCGCUGGCCUCUGAACCCAAAACCAAGGACCCAUUUGCUCACCUUCCAAAGAGUUCAUUUGUUCUGGAUGAGUUCAAAAGAAAGUACUCUAAUGAGGACACACUGACUGUGGCAAUCCCUCACUUCUGGGAAAACUUUGACCGUGAGGGCUACUCUAUCUGGUAUGGCGAGUACCGCUUUCCAGAUGAGCUGACCAUGACCUUCAUGAGCUGCAAUCUUAUCACAGGAAUGUUCCAACGACUUGAUAAACUGCGCAAGAAUGCUUUUGCUAGCGUCAUCCUCUUCGGCACAAACAACGACAGUUCCAUCUCUGGCAUCUGGGUCUUCAGAGGCCAGGAUCUAGCUUUCACUCUAUCUGAAGACUGGCAGAUCGACUACGAGUCCUACAGUUGGCGUAAACUGGAUGUGGACAGCGAGGAAUGCAAGACCAUGGUGAAGGAGUACUUUGCAUGGGAGGGUGAAUUCAAGCAUGUAGGCAAACCUUUCAACCAGGGCAAGAUCUUCAAGUGAGCAAUGGCACUUACCAGUGAUCAACAUCUAAAUCUAAGGACAUGCAACCACUUUGUGUGAAAAAGGAACUUAAAUCCCCAAGUUGGAGAAGGUUGCGUGCUAAGAUGCUGUAAAGAGGUUUUGAGUUGAGAAUUAAUAAAAUGUUUUUCACAGCCCCA